AUGUCCGACCCCUUCUCAGUCGCCGGCAGCGCUGUCGGGGUCAUUUCUCUCGGUCUGCAGGUUUGCAGUAAAAUUGUCAGCUAUACUCAAGCCGUGCGGGGUCAAAACGAUGACAUUCAAAAUCUUGCCAGCAAAGCUGCGAAUAUUCGCUCAUCGCUGAAACAAUUACGCGAACUGAUCGAAGAGACGAGGGAUAAUUCACCUGAUUUUGCAGAUGACCUCGAGGCCCAGGCGUUUGGUCUUAAGGCGAACGUGGAGAAGCUGCGUACGAAGAUCGAACAAUACAAGCCUGUUGUAACCGAGAGUUUACAGAACAAGGCUAGAUCUACUUUGAAAAGGGUCAUCUAUCCGUUGAAAAAAGAAGCGCUCUUCGAAAUCGGGGAUUGCCUGGAUGGUAUGCAGGCGACUCUACGGACGGCAUUGACCAUCUCUACGGCGCGAAAUAUACACAGAUUUGAGUUGAAGCAGGAUAGCUUCGAUGUUAAACAAGAUCAACUCCUAGAGGAAAUGAAAACGCUCCAGCUUGCCCUCACAAACUCAUCUCUUCAAAGUGUCCUCCAACAACCACCUUCCCGAGUCAAACAAUUUUGUGAUCAGCUUAGCGACCAGAGUUGGCUAGGACCACUUCCUCCGGCCCAGCGGAAGCUUCAUGCCAAACAAGUGAAAAAGCGCUAUACAUAUCGCAGUACUUGGCUGGGGUUCCUUGUUACUGGGACUUUCUCUCUUUCUUCUGGAUCCGGUGCAUUUUCAAUAGCUCCAUCGCUGAAAGUUUCCGCUGUUGUUGAGGACAAGAGCUGGUCAGGCACGAUGUUUGGAUCCAGGUUUUCACCGAACGGAGAACCUAGAGUGAACGUUUGGAGACGCAUUGAAUAUUUCAUCCAGCAAUCUCAAUAUGCCUUUUCGGCAGGGAAUGCUGCCCCUACUGACAUAGCCCCACUUUGUUUUGGUUUUAUCUUUUAUCGUGAGAACUUCCCGGCUGUCUGUAAAUUCAUCAAAUACAUGCUCAGCUGCGGCGCUACCCUUGAAUAUGACAGUCCCCUUUCACUGUCUCGAGCUUUAUGUAACGCAUAUCUUUGGACCGAAGAGGAGUUCAUGUUCACCCGGCAUAUCAUAGAAAUGGAGGGUCCAAUAAACCGGCCCCCGGAUUCAUGGACCGCAAAAAGAAACAUGCAAGAGAUUCUACGAAGGGAUGAGGAUUGCAUCGACCUUCCAGCUGCAUAUAUAGCAGUCCUUCGAGAGUCAUAUGAAGAUUUGCGAAAAAUCAUCAAAUCAAAAAUAGGAUUGCCAGACAACGAUAUCCACGGAGUUUCUUUGCUUCAGUCGGCAAUGGGUUGGCCAGCGGGAGUAAGACUGCUGCUGGAAGAAGGAUCAAACACAAAAUUACCUAUACAGUACUAUUGCGGAUUCAAUGGGAUCACCGAUGAAGAUCACGAAAUUGACAAAUAUAUCGACCCAUGCAAAAUUUUACUCGAAGCGGGAUACACCUUUUCGGCCAGUGACACUUUCAUGACUGGAUCGGAUAAACUGAAAGUUGUCUUUCUGCACGAACUUGCCAAACGGCGGAGUAGUCUAUUGGAGAUAGCGAACGCACGAUUCCAUCCCUCUGAGCUCUCCGAUAUCAGGAAAGGAGAAACUGGUCUUCCCGACGCGCAGGCUUAUCGAAUUUGCGCUGCCUUGAUGAGGAAGGGAAUUGAUGUGGGCCAUUCCCUGAGGGCGGUUGAGGGCGAAUGUCUUCAUGUUCUGACAGCGCCGUUGGAUAUCUUGAAGAAAGCAUAUGAGCUUGGAUUUACCGAUGUAACUCAACGACCUCCACGAGGCUGUACGCCACUAGAGCUCUACUGCUCUCAUGGUGGCAAGCCAGAAGUGAUUGACUGGCUUAUUUCCAAAGGCGCGAAUCCGUUCGAAAGGCUUCCUAGAUCAAAUACGACAGUGACUCAUCUACUAUCUUCGGAGAUGGCUAUCCGCCUUGAAAUUGAUCUUUACUAUGGGCGAACCAAAGAUAUCACUCGCGAGGCGGCGGCCUUUCGCAAUUUUCUUCAGGUCCUCAUCGAAUACAAUCAGUCAAGUUCCCAGGCCUGCCGCUCAAUUAUCAGGAGUCUUACAUUUGACGGACUAGGGCUGAGCCAUAGCUGCUGCACCGAGCUCGGCUAUUUAGAUCCCUGGCUACGUGCCAGAGAGGAAUGUGAGCUUUUUGAUAUCAUGGAGGAGCAAAAGGAGCAAGCAGAAUGCUUGGAGGGCCUUGUGGCGGAAUUUGAAUCUAAGUUUGAUGCCUACGGGCUUCCUUUGAUGGAUUUCCUGCAGGGGGUUUGGUAUGAACGGAUGAUAAGAUUCAUUUCACACCGCGACCCUUUCGAUCCAGGGCAUCACGAAGAAGUGGGGAAGCUUGGUGUUUCUCUGGAGAUGGAUGAUGUUGAGAUACCCCUCGUUGUGCAAUAUAUUUGUGACCAAGUAAGGGUGGUCGAGGACGACUCUGACAGCUCUUGA